CUCUACACAUGCAAGGUCAAGGAAAAGGAGUACAUUUUAAUCAACACACUUAAGUCAGGAGGGGUCACUACGGUAUGGACAGGUCUUAAUGACAUAAACGAAGAAGGUGUCUACACCUGGGUGGAGGACAACUCUGUCAUUGAUGAUAAUUGGAAUUUUUGGGGACCAGGUUCGUCUAUUUAUUAACGUACUAUAUCAAUGAUAUUCAUCGAUUUAUUUAAAUUCAAAAACAAUUUCAUUGUAUCACAACUUGAUUUGUUUUACAUUAAGGACUUAUGAAGUACUUAACAGAGGGUAACUUUGUACAGAGGAUAACUUUACUCAGAGGGUAAUUUUGCUCAGAGGGUAACAUUGCCCAGAGGGUUACUUUGCUCAGAUGGUAACUUCGCUCAGAGGGUUACUUUGCUCAGAGGGUUACUUUGUAACUUUGCUCAGAUGGUAACUUUGCCCAGAGGGUAACUUCGCCCAUAGGGGUAACUUUGCUCCUUAUAAUCAUAUGCUAGAACUCGUCUGUCUUUUGAAUAGAUGAAUGCCGUAAUUGUAGGAGCUCGCUCGUGGGGGGAGGGGGGGGGGGCUAGAAUCACUCACAAUUGAAACGCCACGCCGGGGGUUUAAGGCUGUGAGGGAUAGCAGGACUAUUCAUAUUUGCAUGUUUCUAAUUUAUGCUAGAACUCGUCUGUCUUUUGAAUAGAUGAAUGCCGUAAUUGUAGGAGCUCGCUCGUGGGGGGAGGGGGGGGGGGGCUAGAAUCACUCACAAUUGAAAAGCCACGCCGGGAGUUUAAGAUAGUGAGGGAUAGCAGGACUAUUCAUAUUUGCAUAGUUCUCAUUUUAGAAAAGAAAAAAAAAGAAGAAAAAGGUAAAACCUUUUUUUAAACAAUUGUAUUUCCUGCUGCGUUAUUUUUUUUUUUUAAAGAAUUGCAUCAAUCUUGUAAUAUUUAGGUGUUUUUUUUUUUUGGUUUUUGUUUUUUUUGUGUGGAAAAUCCAACUUCCGGCAAUAACAAUGGCGAUCAGAUAAUUUUUUUUAUUUUUUUUAAACAUUCUCUAUUUCUUGUCGUAUUUUCAUUUGUCCUGUCUGCCGAGGAAGGCUCUUAGCCGAUACGUUUAUACCUGGCUGGCCUGUCUUUCGAUUCAAGCUUCCACAUACAGUGUUUUCACUAUCUCCUUGUCUUUACAGGUAACCCGGAUAACUCCGGUGACAUAGAGGAUUGCGUCGAAUAUCAUCUGCGGUUUAACGACCACAUAUGCGCCACUUCCGAGUAUUACCUCUGUGAGAUGACACCACAACGUCUCUGAGACGACACAAAUGCGUAUUUGAAACCAUUUUGAAGGAAGUUUACUAUGGG